AUGCACAUACUUAUGUUGAAAAACCGAACUACUCCUCUGGAUCCAUACCUAGAGAUUAUGGAGGAGAAUGGAAACUCCGCAGAGUUCUUGCCGCUUUUGCAUCAUGCUCCAGUCAAUGUGGCUUCUACAACAGCUUACCUUUCCAGCAACGAAUUCCUUGACGAAAUUUCCACCUUCAUCAUCACUUCGCAAAGAGCUGUUGAAGUUUUUCACGAAUGUUUAGGACAGAUAGAACAAAAGAACUCCAAGACUGCCGAACGAAUUCGGUCCAAGACUGGGUACACUGUAGGACCAGCAACUGAAAAAAUCUUACUAGAUAAUGGAUUUCUUGAUGUAAGAGGUGGUUCACAAGCUGGAAACGGGUCGAAAUUGGCGGACAUUAUAAUAAAUGAUUUAAAAGAUUCAGCACUGCCAAUAGUUUUCUUCACGGGCGUAAUUAGGAGGGAAGUCAUAUUUGUUAAGUUGAAAGCGAACGGAUUUAAUGUGAAGGAGGAAGUAAUUUAUAAGACAGAACCACGCAGUGGGAUUUUAGAUGAUUUUCACAAAUGCUGCCAAAAACAUAUUGAUUGGAUUGUGUUCUUCAGUCCGCAAGGCACCCAGGAAAUCGUGGAUCACAUGAAGAAGUCGCUGCAAUCUCAUCAGUUGAGAAUCGCCUGUAUUGGACCGACUACAGAGGAAUACCUUAAAAGUAAUGGAAUAUCACCGGCUGUUGUGGCUGGGAAACCCACAGCAUCGUCAUUAUUCGCAGGCUUCCUCAAUCAUGGACAUGAGUAG